AGCGGCUCUUCACGAUGGCACAGAAAAGUGUUUGGUUGAUGAGCGGAGCAGCCGCUGCGGCGAUGAUGAUGGCGAUGAUGGUUUUGUCUGGAGUGAAGAGAACUUCUCUUCUGCAGAAGUCAAAGCUGGCUUCCUCUGGUGUCGAUCCGCGCGAGGCUGGAUCCUUGAUCUACGCUAUUGAAGGUGAAGUGGCAAGAGACAAUCUACAGAGAUCGAUGGAUGAAGCCAACAAAGAGCGAAUGAUGGAACGUCAAAGGAUGCUCGACCGCCAGCGACAGAGGGAUGAAGAAACCGAUGCUCGCAUGUUUGAUGCUUGCAACCGCAACCCUUCCUUGCCUGGAUGCCCGUACUACCCCAAGCCGUCGCGUGGUUUCGAUACCGUUGACCCCGCUGCUGCUGGUCCUCUCGUGUACGCUGUGUACGCUCAAAAUGCCCGUGACAACCUUAACUACAUGAGGAAUGCUGAAAAGGACGAGGUCAUGUACGACAGAUACCAACAGGAUGUUGAGCGCUUUGAGAGAGAGAUGGCAGUAGCUGAGAGGAUGAUUGAUGCCUGCAACAGAGAUCCCUCUUUGGCUGGAUGCCCGUACUAUCCGAACAUUCGUCCUCCUACGUGGCCUAGCGAUCCGACCAAGGACGGGGAUCUCAUCUAUGCCAAGGGAGCUUCUGACGCUCGUGACGCCUUGGAGCGCAACCGCCAGGAGAGUGAAGACUACAUGAGGUGGGUUCAUGACCAGGAGGCGGCUGAGGCUGCACAGCGCAAAGAGGCCGAGGCAGAGCGCCUCAGGAUCAGCUGUCAGCUCAAUCCAUCACUUCCAGGAUGCCCCUACUAGAUAUUUGACAUACGCCUGCGGGAAGGGAGGUGCGACGGAACAGAAUGAAAUUCAGCUGGAGAUGCACGCUUCUCUGUUGUUUCUCAUUAAUUUCAGUUGUGCAGCAGAAUACACUAGAUCAAGCUUCACAAUUAAAUAGAUCAAAAGAUACACGUUGAGCCCUC